UAAUUUCCAAUUGUUUGAUUGCUCGUUGAUCUUCUUCAAACUUCAAUCAUGCCUUUUGUAAAGAUAAACUUUGCCCACCAAAUCGUAGUAAAUAAAAACUAUCUCCGAUCCAUACCUGGUUUGUUGAAAUUGGUUCAAUGUCUAUGUUGUUUGAUAUCAUUUUUAACCAUAUGGCUUUCAUGUCGCAGCAAUUACGACCCAUAUCUGGGAACUUAUUCUGGAUUUGUUGGUGGUGAUCUGGAAACUUUUGCACUGUUGAUCCAUUUCAUGUUAUUCAUGAUGACCACAUUGAUAUUGGCCAUAUAUUAUUUGUCAAUAUUUGCAUCGACCAUAAUUCCCAAAACAGUAUUUGAAUUUGUCUAUCAUUUAUUGGCCUUCAUCUCUCAACUGAUCGUUUCCAUUUGUUUGUUGAUAACAUUAGUCAAUAGGAAUCAAGCUGAUGACGGAUUUCCGCCUGAACCAGGAUUCAAAGGCAAACUAACUAGUUCGAUAUUCGGUCUGAUGGCUUCAAUCGUUUAUGGCAUCGAUGCAUGUUAUUCCUAUCAAUCCUAUAUCCGAAGCUGAUCAAUCAAUAUGAAUUGUUGUUAAUAAUUGUAUAUAUCAACAUUUUAUCCAAACAA